UCUGCGGACAAGUACCAACAGCAUACACCACGCAACGGCUUCCCGCCACGCACACAACAAUGGCUUCUGUACACCGACUGUAUCUCCUCACAGCGACUCUUUCUCUCUUCGCCGCCGUUCUCUCCGCCACCCAAACGCCGCCGCAGGCCCUUCUUGAUGCGGUGGAGACGCUUGCAAACUCCGGCUACAUUGCCAUGUCCCUUACUGUUCAACUCAUUGCCCCUACCCUCGCACUCCCCUCCGCCACCACCACCUCCACCUCCACCACUACCACCCUCACCAUCUUCUCCCCACCUGACACCGCUUUCAAAACUUUUGGCCAGCCCUCCCUCUCCCACCUCCUCCUCCACUUCUCGCCUCUCUCGCUCUCCCCUACAUUCCUCCUCUCCCUCCCGUUUUCUUCGAAAAUCCCCAGUCUAUCCACCUCCCACCACCUUACAAUCACCACUCCACCUGACUCGAAGAACGUUGAAAUCUCUAUCAACAAUGUGACGGUUUCUAUAUCGCCCAUUUUCGACGAUGGGUCGGUAUUAGUAUAUGCCAUUGACACCUUCUUUGGGUUGAAUUUUAGUCUAUCAAACACCCCGAUAUCUGGAAAUAUUAACCCAGAUCGGGACACGAAAUGCUUCAAGUUGGAAAAGCCCUCACGGUUUCAAGAGGCGUCUGAGGCAUUGAAGUCUAGAGGUUACUCGAUAAUGGCCUCGUUUCUUGACUUACAGUUGAUGGGGUUUACAGGUGGGUUUCCAGAGAAUUUGAAGUUAACUGUUUUUGCGCCUGUAGAUGAGGAAUUGGUGCAAUUUUCGGGGGAUUUUCUGUCAUAUUCCUCGUUGUUCAUGAGGCAUUUGGUGCCUUGCAAAUUGGGUUGGAAUGAACUUAAUCAGAUGGGCAAUGGGACUGCACUGCCAAACAAUGCCGAGGGAUUCAAUUUAGAGAUUACUAGAAAUGAAGAUGAUGACACGUUAAUGGUGAAUGGAGUAGAAAUCACAUUCCCAGGCAUGCAUGACAGUGAGUGGCUGGCGAUUCAUGGGAUCCGUGGAUUGAUUACAGAGCCUGAGACUACAGAGGAGGAAACUGAAAUGGAGGAGUACUACGUGACAAAAGUCGAGGAGUCGAUUGCCCCAGACCGCGGGGAAUUUUAAAUUCCAAUCCUCAAAAAUAACAUUAGUAAUGAAAAUCUGCCAUUGAUUUUGAGUUUUCUAAUCUGUUGUUAAUCUGAUUUACUGUUCUAAUAUUGUAGAUUAGUACUGUUUUGAGUAAUGAACUUUUAACUGCCAGUUUGACUAUAUGUUAGCAUUACAACAUAAUGGAAAGGAUUUUCAUA